CUCUCUCUCUUCCUCUCUCUCUCUCUGUACUCUCUCUCUCUCUCCAACCCUGUACUGUCCCUCUCUCUGUACUCCCUAAAUCUCUCUCUUUCUCCCUAACUCUGUACUCUCUCUCUCUCUUCUUCUCCCCUGCACUAUUCUAUUGCAGCUCCACCCUGUGUUUGUGAUCAUUUUUUCUUUUGAGAGGAGGAGCGCGCGCCUUUUUUCACGCCCCGCCGCUCACUACUACAGGCGACCUGCAGCGCGCGCCGUCACGGGGAUUUUUUCUCUUUCGCUUUUUUCUCCUUCUUAAACUUUUGGUGUUGAACCCUGAAGUCUCUCGGACGCCUUCUUCUUCCUCGUUUGGGACUUUUCUACUGCGGUUAGACCCAUCCUCCAGCUCCAGUGUCAGCCAUGUUGGUGAUUUUGGCUUUCAUCAUCCUCUUUCACAUUAUUUCGGCAAUACUGCUUUUCAUAUCAACUAUCCACAAUGCUUGGUGGAUUACAACAGAAGGGAACGUCUACACUGAUCUUUGGUACAUCUGCAACAAGACUUGUGAAGAGAUUCCAAAGAGUGCACACAGAGAAGCAGGUUAUCUUCAGACCGUGCAAGCUGCCAUGAUUCUAGCCACGAUCCUGUGCUGCGUGGACUUCUUCGUCUUCAUCCUUCAGCUUUUCCGUUUGAAGCAGGGCGAGAGAUUUGUCUUCACGGCCAUCAUUCAACUCUUGUCUUCACUGUGUGUGAUGAUCGCCGCGUCCGUUUACACGGCUCAGCGGACGAGUUUCCAGAGCUCGAACGUACAGAACGGGAACUACGGCUACUCCUUCGUGCUCGCCUGGGUGGCCUUCCCCAUGACGUUUAUCAGCGGCCUCAUGUAUUUAGUGCUGCGCAAGCGCAAGUAGACGCCCUACAACAGCCCACCUCAACCGGCUGCGACCUUCGCCGACAGAAUUUAUCGUGUAAAUAUGUUUUUUUUCCAUAAAUGUGGAGAUCCAAAACAUUGUCAAAACAUAAUAUCGAAAAAAAAAGAAUUAUGUUAAACAUAAAGUACUGGAAACUAAUUUGUUUUUCUUCUGUGCUAUGUAGUUUUAACCCUUUUUUUUUUUUGUUUCUAAAUUGUUUUUUAUUUUUGGAAAUUUGAGUAAAAUUUAGAAGAGGAUUAGAUAAGAUUUAAAUUAGAAAUAGCAAAACCACUAUUUAGGUUUUUCUUUUUUCUUUUAGAAACAAUACAGUAUGAAUUUGGCUUAAAAAAAUAAAAAUACUUGACCAUUUUUAACAAGUCAGAUAAAAAUCGUGCUGCCAAUUUGUCGAGCACCGCAUCAUACUUGAAGCUGAUCAGAGCAAGGCCGGAUGUGUACAUGACGCCUUUUUUGUGAAAGUUUUUUUUAUUCUUUUUUUAAAAUCAGAGUGUUUUUUCUUUUGUAAACUAAGGUUGUAGUUAUACUGCAUGUUUUAUUUUACCUGCAUUUAGCUUACCAUUGAUAUUAAAAGUAGCACGGAUUAUAGUUCAUUAGGCAGUGUAAUAAGCUUAUAGUGAAAGAUUUGGGAUUUGGGAUUGAAAAGAAGUUUUGUGUGUGUUUUUUUUUUUUUUUUCUUUUUGAUUCUCGUGUGUUUGACAGAAAUGGUUCAAAUAAUUUAGGAGACGUUUAUUUAUGUUGUUUUCUUUUUAUUGUAAUGAAGUAUUAUUUCAUCAAGCUUGAACCCGUUUUACUGAAGGCUUUUUUAAAAAAAAAAAUGGAGUGAAAUCAUAAUGGCAGCUUUCUUUCUUUUCCUUUUUUUAAUCCGUUUUGCUUGUUCUUUGUUUUAAGAUCUAUCCAGUUGCCUGUAUUUCCAGUGACUGAUCCCCACCAAGGGCUCGUUUUCUGCCUUUUUGAAGUUCAAUUAAAUGUAUUUUACUUUAA